AUGAAUAAUAGUUCUUCAGAGUUUGUAAACACAACAAAUAUCUUACCGAAUCUAACAACCAGUGAAAAAUACUUAUUUGCUACUUCUGCAUAUGCUCAAAUAAUUGCUUGUUUAUGUGCACUGUUGUCAUCCGUGAUUACAUUUCAUCAAAUGUACUUUCACCUCAAAAAUUACACCUGUGUUUCUGAACAACGAUACAUUAUACGAGUGUUGAUUUUAGUGCCCGCCUAUGCCAUCUAUUCAUUUCUAAGCGUUUUGCUUGCUAUAUAUGCGAUGGUGGACAGUAUAUACAUCGACUUUAUACACGACAUUGCAGAAGGUAGUUGGUUCAUCUAUUUGCUAACUCCUCAGCAUUUGCGAUUUACAUAUCUUGGAGGGGAAGGUAAUAUUAUGUUAGAGCUUACUGGAAAAACGAUCAAUACAUGCUGCUUCGCUGGAAAACCAUACACCAUAUUGUUUUUACGAUUUUGCAAAAUAGCUACUCUUCAGUAUACUUUGAUCAAACCAAUUACUUCAUUCACGUCUAUGAUACUAAUGGCUACAAAGAAGUAUAUCGUUGGUGACUUUGGUCCUACAUCAGGCUAUCUGUAUUUAUUCCUGAUUAACAAUGCCACUGUAACUCUUGCUGUUUAUGGUUUAUUGUUGUUUUAUUUUGCAACUCGGGAGCAAUUGAAACCAUUCUCACCAUUGCUCAAAUUCGCUACCAUUAAAUCGAUCAUCUUUUUUAGUUUUUGGCAAGAUGUAUUAUUCAGUAUUCUAGAAUGGAGUCAUGUUAUAAACAUGACAAGUGGAUAUUCAGCAACGUUAAUUGCUGGUAUCUACAAAAAUUUAUUAAUAUGCAUUGAACUGGUUAUUGUUGCAAUUGCACUACGUUAUGCAUUUCCCUAUAGCAUUUAUGUGUUACACCAUCCACCUCGCCUUGUUUUUGACUUACCUUCAAACGAUUCUUUCUGGUCUAAUGAUGAAUUUCUGUUUGCUACAAAACCGUCUGUGGGUUUUAAAUCAUCGAAAGACUCAACGGUAUUUAAUUCAGUCAAAGACAAUUCAUCACAUUUCACACCGGCAACAUUUGUCAGUUAUGCACCAUCAACAAUAUGUGCUGAACCAUUACCAUGGGAUAUUGUUGAUCCACAAGUGAACAAUGGUGGGUUUGAAAAAACAUGGAAUACGAAAAAUUCAAGUGUAAUUCCAAGUAUAUCUGCAAGUAUCAAGGCAACUAUUGAUCCUACAGAUAUACUUGUUGAUGCAGUUCACAAUUUUCAUCCUACUUAUCGUCAUUAUACUCAGGUAAUUCUAUUUGUGUGACAAGUAUUUCUGCAAUAUUACAUACCUUUCUAAUUUUAAUAUUUUCCAUAUUCUUGUUGGUUUUUGUGCAUUGUGAAGUGUAAAUACUAGAGCUAAGUAUCUUUUUACUUCAAAUCCAUCACGUCUUUAGUUUAUCAUCAAACUUGGCUUUUAAAUGAUAGUUACUCAACAAUUUUUAUACGUUGGAAAGUCCCUCAAAGAGUGAAUACUAAAUUAAUAUGAUUUUGUUUGGUGGUUCGACGAACUCCCUUGACUACAGAUAAAGAGCCAUAUGUUCUUUAUUUAUACUGGCAUAAUAGGCUGUCAAAAGAACUCAGACAAAAUGCAAUGAUCGCAUUCUGAAGCGAUAGAAGAGAAUAAGAUCGUAUUUAAUUAUUAAAUAAGAAUAGUACGUAAUAAAAGAUAUGGUUCAGUUAAAAAUAUUACCAUUUUUCUACAUAUAAGGAGGUUUAUCUUGUUCAUAUGAAGAGUGUGAUAGAAAACUAAAACUUGAUUGUCACCGUUCUCUUUCUGAGCCGUUUGGUAACGUUUCAAAUCGGUGAGUUGUAUGAUCCCUAGUUACCUAAUUAGAGAAUUACGGUAGACCAGUAUAUGCCAUUCUUAUACAGCUACCUUUCUCAUCAUGACUCAUUAUCAUAAAAUGACCCCCCUUUACAACGUUUCGUUCAGUUCUGCCGUCUCCAAAUAGUGCGUGGUGUGAAAAUCGCUGAAACGACGUUCGUUCAAGCCACCGAAGAUCAUGCGUUCGAACACAUAUUGCCAGACCUUGGAUCAUUUACGCGGUUUUGCCACAAGUCACAAAUAAUUUUUCAGAAGCAAUGAUGAUUAAACACAGAUUCCCCAAACAUAAUCAACAGGGAAGGCCCAAGUCGCACAAAAACAGCCAGUUAGUUGUAAUCUGAUAUAUAUGUAUGUUGCCCCAAUGUGUCAUACUGUAUUACCGUUAUGAGAUGAAACGAACAAGAUAAGUAGCAAAACCGUAAAAAUAAUAUAAUAGCGACAACAACAAAAAAGAGUAAAUAUAGAGGGUCUGAUUGUAUGCCCUUUGACUAAUAGGUGUUCGUACAGAGCCUUCAAAAUUUUGAUAAGUGUCAGAGGUAAACUUUUCUUCAACGAACACUUUACAGUCCUGUUCAUCGAAUCAAUGACGGCCGUGAUAUCAAGGAACACAACGAUUUUUGAUUUCCAACAAGUGUUUCCGUGUUCAAGUAUUUGGUGCAGGUUGAAGAUGUGGUCAACGCAUCCUUAACCUAAACACGAACCGGUCUAUUCACAAAUCAGUCAUUUAAGAGUUUCGCACACUCUACGAAGUAUGGCAAAAGCCUAUGGUUUAAAAGUAUAUAAAAGCCUUGAACCCAGCUUGAGUCGGUAUUUAGUCAUAAUGGUAGGUGCACUUAACUUAUUUAUAUCAAUCCCUUUUAAAAAGAUUUAUGUGUUAGCUACUUAUUAUCCAACCUGAAACUAAAGAGUCCACUUGGCACCAAAAUAUCUGUUGGGCGUGCUCUAUUGAAAAGAUCAUCAGACUGAUAAUAGAAUUCAUCAUUUAAUACAUCCGGGCUGCGAUUCUUCAACGCGUAUUUGGACGUUUCAGAAACAUUGCCUCCAUACCUGUUUCUCUUGAAUCUUGUAGAGGCUCCCAACAGUGAAUAUUAACAGUAAACCAGUCUAUUAUUAAAAGACUAAUAUUUAAACGCAGAAUAUUCUUUUCGAUAAAUUCUCUUCAGGUUCUAUAGUUGUAUACCCAAAUUAAUAAUCUGAAAAAUGGCCAGGAUAAGAGUAAUAUGCAUGGGGUGACCGAGAAAAUAAUGGAAUAAAAGUCAGAAAUUACGUAAUAUGUAGUACAAUAUGAAUUAGGUCAGAUAUUGUAGAUAGUGGUGGAUGCUAAAUAGAUUUUUCAAAACGGUUAUCAAGUGUAAUAAUAAUAAUAACACUUAUAAAGAUAAUAAUAAUAAGUUUGGGGCAUAGAAAUAAUCAUUAAUCAAAUUACAUCAUCAUAUGAUAAAAUUGAUUAUUAACUAGUUAGCCAGGGUAAAAGGAGCGGUUGAACAUAUUUCUUUUGGAUGCCAAUUUUAUGGAUCAUUAAUUUGGGUUUAUAAUUGUUGAACCUUGUGAGAAAUUAUUGAAAAGAAUAUUCUUCGUUCAUACAAUUGUGCUUUAAUAUAAUGGGAACUUCGCAGUGAUUAAAAUUUUAUCAGAAGGGGUUUUGUGGAGAUUUUAGUAAUUUUAAUAGUUGAAAUCAUGAGUCAAUAGCAGCUAGGCAUUUCCUGGAGUUUUAGUGAGAAGCCCUGACCAAUGGAGUUCAACCAGGUCUGUUGUGAGAUAUCAGCUCACUGAAGACAAUGGUAGACGGUGGCGCAAUAUCGUGGAUUAGUUGUAGUUAGACAUUAACACCGUUGGAUGCCGGCCGGCCCAGUGGUCUACUAGUCAAGCGCUCGCGUGCGAGACUGAUAGGUCCUGGGUUCGAAUCUUUCAGGGGGCGGGAUCGUGGAUGCGCACUGCUGAGGAACCCCAUACUGGGACGAAACGGCCGUCCAGUGCUUCCCGGUUUUCCAUGGUGGUUUAGCUUCAAUUGACUCAUGAUUUCAACUAUUGAAAAUUUUCAUUCUAUUCUGUUUGACAAUCCUAAAUUCACAUGCUUUAAACGGUGCAUAUUACUCUUAUCCUGGCCAUUUUUCAGAUUAUUAAUUUGGAUAUACAACUAUAGAACCUGAAGAGAAUUUAUCGAAAAGAAUAUUCUGCGUUUAAAUAUUAGUCUUUUAAUAAUAGACUGGUUUACUGUUAAUAUUCACUGUUGGGAGCCUCUACAAGAUUCAAGAGAAACAGGUAUGGAGGCAAUGUUUCUGAAACGUCCAAAUACGCGUUGAAGAAUCGCAGCCCGGAUGUAUUAAAUGAUGAAUUCUAUUAUCAGUCUGAUGAUCUUUUCAAUAGAGCACGCCCAACAGAUAUUUUGGUGCCAAGUGGACUCUUUAGUUUCAGACUCAAAUGGAUGAAGAUAGUUAAUGAAUCAUAUUACAUACGAUGAAAUUCAAAAUGUGUCCAAAUGUAUCUACUUCAUUUCUUCCUGAACUAAAUAUUCGAUCAAAAUAAUACUCACACUAUGUACAUUUCAUCAUACAUAUUAUUCAGGUUAGAGAUUGUUCAAUUUUUUCCGUAUUUCUGUGAAGAAAACAACAUUAUUAACCUUUUGUGUACACACAAUACCUGUCUUUCGCCGUUCCUCAUAUGGAGUAUUUUCUUCUUUUUUAUUUGUAUAAUAGAUAUUACAUUUGAUUAAAAACUAUUGAAUCAAAGGUAUUUUCAGACUCAGUUUAAAAAAUCAUUUCCCACAAUUUUCAGUGGUUUUACUUUAAUCUUAUCAGAUAUUUAUCUCUCAAUAAUGAGAAGAAUUCAAAGAAAAUAUAGUGAUUAUUGCUUCAAAUUUUUUUAAAAUGGAUUUUGUGAAUCGCAUUAACUGGGAAUAUCUAUCUACAUGAUCUUAUAUUACCCUAAUUGUUUUUCCUUUUUUAGGAAUUAAUACAUUAUUUGUAAUCGCUAUCAAAAGUAUGAGUGGGGGAGCAGUGUAUCUGUCGUUAAGGGGUUCAGCUCCCAGGCAAUAAAUCCAAGGCUCAAUCACUGCUCCACUUUGGUUUAAGGAAUCGUGUAGUAUCACUAGCCCUUACACUCAGACUAUAUGCCCCGACAGCAAGUACACUAAUCUGUACCCGAUAAAUGAGUGAAAUUUCAGUGUAAACUGUAUUUAUGUAACGAAAUAUGUGUAUUUGUAAAUGUUAAAAAGUAGUGGGAUCCGUCAAGUUUGCUUUAAUAAACACUUUGGAAUAAAAAUACAUAGAUCAUCAGCUUGAAUAAAAAUGGUAAUAAUAAUAAUAAGAGAUUAAAGGUAGAAAAUUAUUAAAGCAUUAUUUUUGAUUACAAUGUAAUCAUUUAAUGUAGUUGAGUAAAGGACUAUAGUUAACGUGAAAUAACAAAGAGAUUUUAAUCACUAACAAUAAAAUGUGAAUAGAAUAAAUAAACUUUGUAAUUUUAGAUGGGUAUAACAAUAUUAUUAAGUAAAAGGAUUAUCUGGUCAUAAUCAACUUAUAUACACCAUUUCUAUACAUACCAAAUAUAUUUGACCUCAAUUAAUAUGUAUUUACUGGUAAAUAAGCGAGUCAUCAUUGCUGUGUUCUUUUUUCAUAGAACAUACUUAAAUGAGACCUAAAACGUAAUAGUGGGUAUUCCUUAAUAAAUUACCCGUAUCUAGUUUUUUCCAAAAGCAAAUUAAAGUAUGUGUGCAGAUUGAAUUGAUUUAACACGAUAACUUAUCCCUCAUACAGUUAACAUAAAGUACUUAUAAAAGACUUUGUAGUGAAAUCACCAACAUGUAGUAAUUAAAAUAUAAUUUUUAAACUGCAUACACGAGUAACAUUCGGAUGAGCUUUGAUUUAUCCAAUGUAAAUCUCACGUCUAAACAUGUGAAAUAACCAAUCCCAAUAAAAUGUCAUUUCAAUUAUAUUCUUUUUAUGGAUUGGAAUUAGAAGUGAAGUCAGUUGAUCGAAUAACAUCUUCCCUUUAUUUUCUUUUUUGGUUUGAUUUUAAAAGUAUUCAAUCAUUACAAAAAAAGGAUUUCUCUGAUGAAACCUUGAGUUUUCUGCUAAAUUGUUACAUGAGAUGUAUAGUAGAAUUUGAGAUGGUGGGUAGAAAGUUUACAUUUAAUUAGCUCACACAUUCAUUAGCUUACCUAGAUAAAUGAGGUAGAUAAGUUAUACUCUGGAAAUAAUUACAGAAUGCAUCUUAAUUUAAAAAUGCAAUCAGGUUGAUAUAGGUAGCAAAAUUGCUUGUAAAGUAUACUUAUUUAGGAUUAAAUUGGUUCUGAAAAUAUUGUAAUACAUUGUUUUGAAAGAACAUUUAUGACGAGAAUUAUAAUAAUGUAAAGCAGCUGUUGGGAGGACUGAGACAUAUCCUGUUGAAGUAUGAAUAUUGUAUCGACAGUCAAUUCUAGUUCCCUUACGGAAUAGUUUUAAUCAUCACCAAGAAAAGAAAAACAGAAAUCACGGAAAAAAUAGUAAAAUAUUAUGAUAAAUCUGCAGUUAUACAUAUCCCAAGUUAUUUUAUGAACUACUGAUUUGCGUAGGUUUCAUGCAAAUUGAUCGAAUUAACUAGGGAUUGUGGAAGUAAAAUACCUGCAAGAAGAGAACUCCGGUAAGUAUGUUCAAUAAUAAUAAUGGUCAAGUAUUUAAUAUCUCUAUAAAUUAAUUGGUGGAUUUGGACAUAGUCACAGGUAAUUAUUUUCAAGGCAGUUUCAGAGAAGGGGUGUUCAUCGAUGUAGCGAACAAAUGAUGGUGUUGACUGUACUUCACGGACAGAUUGCAACAAACUAUCCGUGAGUCUAAAAUGUACUUGCAAAGUAAUCCAUUUAGAGAUUAACUUUAGAAUGAGGUAGUCGCAACACAUUGGCUAGAGGCGUUAUCAGAUAUGGCUCAGAAUAAAAGCCAGUGGCGAUCCUGCUGUAACCUUCUUUUACUUUCUUCAUAAAAAAUGGUUGUUUCUUCCUUAACUGAAAGAAUUCUUCUGGUUGUACCUUUCCGUUUCCC